AUCACGUUUAAUGUAACACUGUGUGCUCUAACAACUGACUUUCCCAUCUCCAUACAAAAGAUCAAGACAAGGCGUGUGAGAGAUCCCCAAGACGGUGAAUUAUCAAGCUCUAAAAUGUUUAUCCACCAACUUUAAUCCAAGCUACUUUCGAUACUUUUUUUUUUGUUUUGUUUUAAGACCACCCUGUCAUUCAAAUUUUGAGGAGAACCGUGAUCGUUAAAACACGCUCAUCCCUAUUUACUAUACAGAUUUUACGAGAAUUUUUUGUAGUUUUUAAAUGCGUCCCCGUUGGUUAAAACUUGUGGGUGUGCUGGCUGUUCUGGUGCUGUCUGCUGUGUUUUAUGGUCAAUACUACACAUCGCUGGUACCUGGAAGCAGUAUUCAUCGAACACGUGACGGUCCAGACUCCUCCAGCAAUGGUAGGCAGACGCACUUUUUCCAAAGCCAUGAGGAACAGGAGAGAAACCGUGAUUUAAAGCAGAAGGACAGGGCACCACCUCCUGCAAAGGAGGACACCCCUCUUGCUUGUCCCACGUCUCUGCAACUGCUUGCCAAGAAUGACUCUGUGUUUAGUAAAUUGUUCAAGUUUGACGUUCCGUUGCUUCUGUGGGACAGUCACAUGACUGAGAACAACUGGGAUGUCCUCAGCCAAAGACCAGUGCCAUAUGGCUGGAAGGAUCUGCCCCGUAAAGAUGUCAGCUCUACAUUAAAACUACUAAAUGACUCUGCAAACCAAAUAAUGUUUGACUUCAAGCCCCCCAAGGGCUGUGUGCGCUGUGCUGUGGUAGGAAAUGGUGGAAUCCUCAAUGGGUCACGGAAGGGGAAGGAAAUCGAUGAACAUGAUUAUGUGUUCAGGCUGAAUGGAGCAAUCAUAAAAGGUUUUGAAGAUGAUGUUGGGACAAAAACAUCAUUUUAUGGGUUCACAGUCAACACUAUGAAGAAUUCACUCAUUGCUUACCAGAUAUAUGGUUUUACCAAGACACCCAAAGGACAGGGAGUUCGUUACAUCUUCAUACCCUCUGACUUGCGGGAUUACGUCAUGUUGCGUUCAGGCAUUCUGGGUGUUUCAGUCCCAACUGGAUAUGACAAGGGGGACCGUCCAUCUGAUUACUUUGGUCUAGAGGCAUCUCCCAAACAAUUCAAACUGUUGCAUCCAGAAUUUCUGGCCUACACCAGGGAUAGAUUUCUGCCAUCAGAAAUAUUAAAGACUGAAUAUGCCAAUUUAUACAUGCCUAGCACUGGAGGCUUAAUGCUGCUGACUGCUCUACACAGCUGUGAUCAGGUCAGUGCUUAUGGUUUUAUCACUCACAAUUACCACCUUUUCUCAGAUCAUUAUUAUGAGAGAGAAAAGAAGAAACUCGAAUUCUAUGCCAAUCACGACAUGCUCAUGGAAAUGAAGCUGUGGGGUAAACUUCAUGAGAAGGGAAUAAUGAAACUCUACCGAAGGAGUUAGGACAAACGUUUCACAUUUUCGAGCCUCUAAGAUGUACCACCAUCACUCCAUAUUUUCUAUAAAUAUUUACUACACAGUACUCUAAGACUUAGAAAUUUGAGAAAUUCUUUCAAUGUGAAAUAUACCUUCUUCUUUGAAAUGUGAAAAAACUACCAAGAUUUAAGAUUUAUGGAAGUUGACUAUCAACUAGGAUAUUUUCUACUACUUUGGAGACAAUUGACUCUGAGCCUGAAGGAUGCCGUUUCAACUUUGAUUCAGAACCAGUUAAUUU